CGCGAAACACGCAAUCUAAGGCCGGGUAUCCGACCUUAAUCUCGGACGGAAUGGACCCUCCCCGGGCAGGUACCAGCCCAGGUGCUCAGGGAGCGUGCUGUUGCCGUCCGUGGCCUGCAUUGAACCAUAUACCCGCGCCAUGAUCAGCCGUGCCCGGACGAGUCCUUGCGCCCAUGGAUAAGAACCUCAGUCGGCCACCAGCAAGCCGUGACCAUCUUCCGUCGCCGCCAGCUUCACAACCAUGGUUCUACUUUCGGUAUCCUGCUGUCUGGCUCUGGCGGCCAAGGUUCUUGCGCGAGACACCUUCGACCCUCUCGCUUAUGUCGACCCGCUGAUUGGCGCCAGCAACGGCGGAAAUGUGUUUCCUGGCGCCUCGUUGCCGUACGGCAUGGCAAAGGCCGUCGCCGACACCAAUAGCGGCAGCAGGCAGGGCGGCUUUACUAUGGACGGCUCCAACGUGACGGGCUUCAGCGUCAUGCACGACAGCGGGACAGGAGGUCAGCCGAGCCUGGGCAACUUUGCCUUGUUCGCCUACACAAACUGCCCCGGUGGCGACAUCAACCGCUGCAUCUUUCCCAAGAGGGCUCGUGCUGCCUUCGGCCGCUUCAGCAACAGCAGCGUUUCUGCAAAGCCUGGCACCUUCGCCAUCACCUUGGACAGUGGCAUACGGGUCGAGAUGACGACGACACAUCACACCUCGCUCUUCAGCUUCGCGUUUCCGAGUGUCGGGCCGGACGAUGAGCCGGCCCAGCCCCUUAUUCUGCAGGAUCUUACCGAUCUCGCCGACUCCAGGCAGGACAACGCCACAGUGACCGUGGAUUCCAGCACGGGACGCAUCACUGGGAGCGCUCGCUUCUUCCCGAGCUUUGGCACAGGUAGCUUUGUCUUGCACUUUUGUACUGACUUCGCCGGCGGAGCCGAUAUCGUGGACAGCGGUAUCUUUGUCAACAGCCGGGCUAGCACUGAGGUCCAUAACUUGACGAUCUCCAGAUCCAUCAAUGGGUAUCCGCUUCCAGGAGGCGCCUUUGUCAGGUUCAACUCGGCCGCCGAACCCAUCCUUGUCCGUACUGCGACCAGCUUCAUCAGCGCUGAGCGAGCCUGUGAGCAUGCCGAAACUGAGAUCCCGGACUUCGAUUUUACGGCCGUUUCCGAGGCUGCUACUGAUGCAUGGAGGGCCAAGAUGAGCCCCAUCAAGGUGUCGACCAACAAGGUAAACGGUUCCAUGUUGAUAAACUUCUACAGCGGCAUUUACCGGACCAUGGUCAACCCGCAAAAUUACACUGGCGAGAACCCGCUGUGGUCAAGCAGUGAGCCGUACUUUGACUCUUUCUACUGCAUCUGGGAUCAAUUUCGGUCUCAGCUCCCACUUCUCACCAUCACAGAUCCCGUUGCCGUGACAGAUAUGGUCCGCUCUCUGAUCGACACGUACCGCCAUCUAGGAUGGCUGCCUGACUGUCGAAUGAGCCUCAACAAGGGUUACACCCAGGGCGGGUCCAAUGCCGAUGUUGUGUUGGCUGAUGCCUACGUCAAGGGGUUGAAAGGGGGGAUCAAUUGGGAUGAUGGGUAUGCUGCUGUGGUCAAGGAUGCCGAGGUCGAACCCUAUGAUUGGUGUUGUGAGGGACGUGGAGGCCUCGACAGCUGGAAGGCGCUCGGGUACAUUCCCGUACAAGAUUUCGACUACAAAGGCUUUGGCACAAUGACGAGAAGUAUCUCGCGGACGCUCGAGUAUGCCUACAACGACUUUUGCAUCGCUCAGAUGGCUUCCAAGCUUGGUAAGACCAUUGACAAGGAGAAGUACAUUGAGUCAAGCGGCAACUGGCAGAACCUCUUCAAGAAAGACCAAGAGUCAGUCUGGUGGAACGGCAGCGACACAGGCUUCGUCGGAUUCUUCCAGCCCAGGUACCUCAACGAAACCUGGGGCUUCCAGGACCCUCUGAAUUGCAGCAAUCUCGAUGCCUACAGCGUCUGUUCCCUGCAAAACACGGGACGCGAGACGUUUGAGAGCAGCAUCUGGGAAUACGGUUUCUUCGUCCCGCACGACCAAGCAACUCUCAUCACCCUGUACGGCGGCCCUUCGGCCUUCACCGCCCGCCUCGAUUACCUCCACGACCGCUCCAUAACAUACAUCGGCAACGAACCCUCCUUCCUAACCGUCUUCCAGUACCACUACGCCGGCCGCCCGGCACUCUCAGCCCUCCGCAGCCACGCCUACAUCCCCUCGUCCUUCUCCCCGACGCCCGCCGGCCUGCCGGGCAACGACGACAGCGGCGCAAUGGGCUCCUUUGUGGCCUUCGCCAUGAUGGGCUUGUUCCCCAACCCAGGCCAGGACGUGUACUUGAUCACGCCGCCGUACUUUGAGCACGUUAACAUCAGGCACCCGCUGACGGGCAAGACGGCGCGGGUGGUCAAUGUCCACUUUGACCCGUCGUACAGGGACGUCUACAUCCAGAGCGCUACCCUCGACGGGGAGGUCUACACCAGGAACUGGAUCGACCACAGCUUCUUCACCGAGGGCAAGGAGCUUGUGCUGACGCUGGGGCGCAACGAGAGCGCAUGGGGAACGAGGGUGGAGGAUUUGCCGCCGAGUCUGGGGCAGUAUGAGGGGUUUGAAAGAGGGAAUGGCUCGUUUAAGAGAGCGGCGGCGGCGAGACUUUGGCGGCGAGAGAGCGGCAAGGCUGGGUUUGCAAUGUUGGGAGACAAGUUUGGCACCUGAGUGUGCUUGUAUAUCCCUAGGCACCUGCAUCUGCGAUGUGAACGACACCACACGCGUGAAAGAAGACUGGCUCCGUUCUGUCAGCCUUAUCUAGCGAAGAUGAAGCUAGAGGCACUCUAUGGGUAUCAAUUAUCAGCCCAAACCCAUGACGCCGUAGUUAACCCUCCUUCCCCCUU